CCCACCUCCGCCCGCAUAUCGUAUGCGUGCAGAGUCCACCACUGGGCGCAUAAGAUUCUGACCUCGAAAUCUCCAAUUCGAACCUCUUCAUAUCACACAGCCCACAAUGGCAUCCUCAGACAGCUCCUCGGGCGGAGCUCCCCCAGGCUCAGUCAAUCUUGCCUCCCUCUCCGUCCCCCAACUCCGCUCCCUUCAGACCCGUCUCACCUCCGAGCUGGAGCACCUGACCUCCUCACACGCAAAGCUCCGCGCGGCGCAGGCCAAGUUCCGGGAUUGCGUGAACUCGAUCAACGACGGCGUGACUGGCUCCGCGAAGAAGGGUACCGACGGCCGGGAUGAGAUCCUGGUGCCCCUGACCAGCUCGUUGUAUGUCAAGGGUCGCUUGACGGAUCGGGAGAAGGUUCUUGUUGAUGUUGGAACUGGUUUCUACGUUGAGAAGACUGCUGAGAAGGCCAUCGCUUUUUACAAUGCCAAGGUUAAGGACUUGGACGCGAAUCUACAGGAGUUGGAGAAGAUUGUACAGGGCAAGAACCAGCAGUUGCGGAUUGUCGAGGAAGUUCUCCGGCAGAAGAUGCUCAGCGGCGAGGCCGUACCCGCGCAGACUGCUGGCGCGGCUGCUGGUUAAACAUCUACGCGCAGCUUAUGAGUGCAAACUUGUCCUAGGAUUGCUAAAAAGACUAUCAAACGUUAUAUAUCACAUCAGCUUUCAAGUCGAUUGCGGAGAGUUCGUCGCCUAGUCAGGUAAGACUGUAAGCAUUCCUGUGGAAGACGUCCAUACUUGAUUUCGAAGUUAUGGAUCUACAUCGUAUCUUCCAAAAAAAAAAAAUCUCAGCCCUCCAGGAGCUCUAGUAGGGAACGCUUAACUGGAUGGUGUUUAAUUUGAAAACGAU